AUGUUUCAAUGCGUGCAGUGUCCUUCAGUUUUUAAACGUAAAGAUAAUUUGACUGCUCACCAAAAGAAGCAUGCAGGUAUACGUUUUCCGUGCACUGCAUGCCCAUCGACAUUCUCAUACAAAAACAGCCUCAACAAGCAUCUGGUGAACAUUCAUGGUAUCGUUAACGUUCCGGCUCACCUCAGACCAUUGCCAGCUGCUUUAGUCAUAGAUCAGCCAGCUGCACCGAUCAUAAAUCAGCAAGCACGACCGAGCGUCAUCCAGUUCGCGCCUCGUAUUGACAACCAAGGUGAUAUCCAAAUCGCGCCUCAAAUUUUUGUCCCCAAUAUCGCGGCCGGUGGAUUAAACACGGUUUCUAAUGACGAUAUCACCGUGAUGAAUGAAACUCUGGACUUGGAGGAUACAGAUUCAUAUACAACUACGACUAAUGGCAAACGCAUUUCCACCGCCAACACUGUGUCGGCUGUUAAGGCUAAAAAAAUGCGUAUGGAACUGGUUAGAUCCCCGGGUCUUGUUGAAAUUUCAUCGUCAGGAAAACGAAAAAUAGUGUGGUAUUUCGCGAAAAAUCUGAAUAAUAUUCAAAAUUAUCCCGACUUUCUCCGUUCUCUCGAACCGGCUCUGUCAGACAAGCUAAAAACUCAUGUGCAGGAACAUCCGAUAAAAUUUAGCUUAAAGCUUGAAGCUACGUAUAACCGACCAAACGUGCCCAAUUCAUCCGAAAAUCGAGCGUUUACAGCAUCAGCCAAAGAAAUAUUUAUGGGCGCAGAAAUCGAAACAAUAAUUGAACAAUCUUUUUUGAAAUUAUUAGCUGAGGAAGACGCUUAUGUUUCUCGUGGUAGCGGGUUUACGUUAGAGUCCAUCGAUGGCUUACUAUUAGCCGUUUAUAAGUAUACACCUAUAUCUGGUUCAUCAUAUAUACAAUUACCAAAAUCUAUCAUAGAUAAACGAUCAAUAAUAAAUCCUAAAAAUACAGACCAACAGUGUUUUAAAUGGGCUAUAUUAGCAAAACACGUUGUAGGAGAUAACAAAUUCCGUGUCAAUGAAAAUUAUACCAAGCAUGAGGACAAAUACAUUUUCAACGGUAUUUCAUUUCCAACACCGCUGUCGGAUAUUUCAAAGUUUGAAAAAAAUAAUCAGAACGUUUCUGUAAAUGUUUACGGACUUGAAAAACGAUUACAGCCACCGAAAAAGUAUCCUUCAUAUGAGGUUUUCCCACUCAAAGUCGUAGAUGAUGAAAAACCGGAUCAUUUUGACUUAUUAUUAGUGACGGAUGGUGAUAAUACACACUAUACUUACAUCUCGAAUUUUUCAAGAUUACUCCGUUCACAAAAAACUAGUCAUACAGGUCAAGUUAUAUUCUGUAAACGUUGCUUUACAACGUUCAAUAGACAGAAUUUAAAGUAUAAGUUAAGCGGGCAGACAGCGCUUGAACAUCAUAGGUUAAUAUGCGGACCACAUAAACCCAUACGACCGAUAAUGCCAAAAGAUGGAGAUGUGCUACAAUUCACCGCGUGGCAGAACGCGCAGAGACAUCCCAUAGUUAUAUAUGCCGAUUUCGAGUCUUUGCUUGUAAAGACCGACGAGGAAAAGGGGGGUAAUACAACAAUCAUACAAAAACACCGUCCUAUGAGUUACGGAUUUUUAGUUAAAGCGUCUGAAAAUGUUCCAAUAGAGUUGUUAGCACAAUUUAACAUACCGAUUGAACCAGUUAUAUACCGAGGUAGUAAGAGCAGGCAAGACGUGGCAAAGCAUUUUAUACAAAAUAUCACUGACGUUGCCGAGAAAAUAGAAAAAUUAUUAAAGACAAACAUUACUCUGACCAUGACUGAUGAAGAUAUAGCCCAACAUAAUUCAUGUUUUAAAUGUAAUUUAUGUAAAUGUAAUGUUGAUACAUACACCCGUGUCCGUGAUCACGAUCAUUUGACUGGGAAAUUCAGACAGACCUUGUGUGGUAGAUGUAAUCUAAGUCUUAUACAACCAAAGUACAUUCCAGUUUUUAUCCACAAUCUAUCCAACUAUGAUGCACAUUUCAUAGUAACAGAACUAGGUUAUAAUUCAAAAAGAAUAAAAGUAAUUCCAAACAGCGAGGAGAAAUUCGUUUCAUUUUCAAAAUAUAUAAGUAAAGAUUUUACCAUCAGAUUCGUGGAUACUUUUAGAUUUAUGGCUACAAGUUUAUCAACUCUUGCCACCAACCUAAUAACGCCAAACUUGGAAAAAUUCCGCAUAACCGCAAAACAUUUUUACAACAAUGAUUUACCGCUCGUCACUCGUAAGGGUGUAUAUCCUUACGACUUCACUGAUGAUUGGUCCAAGCUUGAACAAACCUCUUUGCCGCCUGUAGAAGAUUUUUAUAGUGUUCUGACAGAAGAAGAUGUUAAAGAUACGGAAUAUCAGUUUGCGAUAGAAGUUUGGAACCACUUCAAUUGUCAAACGCUGGGCGAGUAUUCCGAUCUAUAUUUAAAAGUCGAUGUUUUACUUCUGUCAGAUGUUUUCGAAAAUUUCCGGGAUCUUUGCUUAAAUACAUACCAUUUAGACCCGGCAUACUAUUAUACAGCACCGGGGUUCUCUUUCGACGCAAUGUUGAAAUACACGGCGAUAAAACUAGAAUUACUGCUCGAUUAUGAAAUGCUUCUCAUGUUUGAAGACGGUAUUCGAGGUGGACUCACACAAGCCAGCAUGCGGUACGCGAAACCUAACAAUGAGAGAACACCUGAUUAUAACCCCGCAGAUCCAAAAUCAUGGCUUGUUUAUCAGGAUUGCAACAAUCUUUACGGCUGGGCAAUGUCUCAGUUUAUGCCCUACGGAGAUUUCAAGUGGGUUAAACCAUCACUCGACGGAUUAAACGAUUUGACUGAGGAUUCGCCCAUAGGACGGGUUUACGAGGUUGACAUUGUUUAUCCAAAAAAAUUACAUAAUAAACAUAACGACUUGCCAUUCCUGCCACAGAAUAGCAUACCACCAGGCUCAAAAGUACGCAAACUCAUGGCUACAUUUGAGCCUAAGAAAAAUUAUAUUGUUCACUAUCGAAACCUCCAGCAAGCCUUAAACAAUGGUCUCAUAGUUGAAAAGGUGCAUAGAGUUAUUCAAUUCAAGCAAUCACCUUGGCUUGCCCAGUAUAUUGAAUUAAACACUAAUAUGAGGAAAAAGGCGAAAAAUGAAUUUGAGCGGGAUUUCUUCAAAUUGAUGAACAAUGCUGUAUUCGGAAAAACGAUGGAGAACGUUCGUAAACGUAUGGACAUGGAACUUGUUUCGUGCAACCGACGUUUGCAGAAAUUAAUAAACAGAUCAACAUUUAAAUAUUGCACCACCUAUUCCGAAAACUUGAACGCAGUAACAUUGGAAAAAAAAAUCAUUAAUUUUUGUAAACCUAUUUAUAUCGGUCUUGCGGUUCUUGACAUAAGCAAGAGUUUAAUGUAUGAUUACCACUAUAAUGUGAUGCAGAAACAUUAUGGGGAUAAAAUCGAGCUUAUGUAUACUGACACAGAUUCACUGGUUUAUUAUAUCCAAACCAACGAUUUCUAUGAAGACCUUAAAAAUAAUAACAACUUACUCGAACGAAUGGAUACUUCCAACUUGCCGGAGGACCAUCCGUGCUACAUUGCUGAGAGAAAGAAGAUUCCCGGGUUAUUUUCUGAUGAGACGGAUGGACUCGUAAUGACUGAGUUUUGCGCGCUGCGAUCAAAGUCAUAUGCAUACAUUUUGAAUGGCAAGGAGAAGAUCAAAGCCAAGGGAAUUAGAAAACACGUUGUAAAGAAUCAUAUGACGUUUAGCGAUCAUAAAAAGUGUUUGUUUGAGGAGAAGGGGGAAAAUAAGAGAGAAAAUGUUUCCAUCCGCUCAUUCAACCACCAAUUGACAACAAUUCGAACCAAUAAAAUUACAUAUAAUAACUAUGAUGAUAAGAGGGUUGUACUUGAAGAUAAAGUGCACACAGUGGCUCAUGGACAUUACUCUCUAAAGAAAGACGAACUCGAGGAUGAUUGGCCUGAAUUGGAUGAAGAAGGACAUAACUGGACGGGGGAAGAGAAAGACUUAAUGAGAUUGCUUCUAAUGGAAUGCAUGUCUAAAUAAUAUCAUUUAUAU